AAUGAAUAGAUUUGUAUUCAACACUAUUCCAAUGAUAAUCAAGUAAUGAAUAUAGUAUAAUGAUUAGAAAAAUAUUGGGAGAGCGUAUAUUCAGAGUAUUUUAAAGAGGAAUAGAUUAUUUCUUCUAUUCAAAUCAUCCAUUAGUUUAAAUAUUUUAUGUAUUGGUUGCAGUAGGAGGAUAUUUGGUUUAUUUGUAUUUUGGAUUUCUAGAACUAUUUGAAAAUAAUCCCUUUGUAUCUCAUUUGGAUACAGCAAUAGGAUCAACAAUGGCACUUUUUUGUUUCUAUUCUUUUUUUUAAGCAUGUCGAUAUAGACCAGGGAUAAUAAAUAAGGAGAAUAAUAAAGUUUAUGUGAAUGAAUUUAAAGAGUAUUAUGAUAAUGUAGUAUACAAUAAAGAUAAUGAAUGCAAAACAUGUAAUAUCAUUAAGCCAGCAAGAAGCAAACAUUGUAGAGUAUGCAAUGUAUGUGUAAGUAGAUUUGAUCAUCAUUGUGUUUGGAUUAGAUAAUGUGUUGGAUAGAAGAAUUAUAAAUACUUUGUCAAAUUCAUCAUUACCCAUGCUAUAUUAUGUGAUUAUGGAGCUUAUUUGGGUUUCCGUUGUAUUUGGGGGAUUAUAGUAAAAGAGAAACUUUUAGAAGCAUAAUUCAGGUAAUAAAAUUAAAUUAAUAAAUUAGAGAUCCUGUGACAAAAUAGAGAUUAUAAGCUACUUGGGGUAUUAUAGCAUAGUAUUUGUUCUACAAAAAUACAAUGUACAUUUUCAUAGUAAUUUUGUGUAUUGUAAUGGGUAUUGCAUUAACAUUUUUUGCUUUGUAUCAUCUCUAUAUGAUUGGAUAGGAUACUACAACAAAUGAAAAAAUGAAGAGAAGUGAUUUUUUGAAUUUCUUUGAUGAAGAGACUGAACGAUUAUAAAAAUAAUUGAAAGAUGCAAAGAGUCCAGAGGAUAUUAAAUAGGUGAAUACAAAAUUAGAAUAAGUUAAGUAAUGUUAAAAUAGGAUAAUUCCAAUUAAGUAAAUUGGAAUUUGGAAGGGAUUGAAAAGAGUGUUUAAUGAAUCGGAUGAAUUGGAUUAGAAAAUUAAAAUAAACAAUAAAAAAAAAUAAUGAA